AUGUCAUCUUGGCAAAAGGCUGGAUUCUCUUUCAACAAGUACUUGUCGAUUGCUGCUAGAACUGUGCGCAGAUCCCUUAAGGAGGAUCUGAGAGUCGCCAGUGAGAAAAGAGACUUUGUCGAGGCCAAGGUCCAGGUUCUCGAGAACGGUUCUGUCACCAAGACCACCGAUCUGUCUCUGACCAAAUAA